AUGGCAUCUAUCUUAGAAUCAUUUUUGAAAAUUUUUACAGAUUUUACAGCUGCAAUGUACACGCUAUGUUUAAUAAUAAGUUUAGCAAUUGUAGUGCUAGUGAUUUAUAUUGUAACUAAACCAACUGAAUCAGAAAAGCUAGAACAAAGAUUAAGAGAAGAGAGGCUUUUAAGAGAAGAAAGAGAGAGAUAUGAGCAGGAACAAAAGGAGAAAAAAGAAGAAAACGAGAAAUAA